AUGUUGCUGCAGCACUCCAUGUUCUGUUCCACUCCUUCUCUCUUCAUCCCAUUGCUGAAACAAAGGAAACCAUUUCUUCACCAUCUCUCUUUUCCUAGAAAGACCAAAAGUUCCAUCGUCAGAGUUUCUUCUCUUGGCCCUGGUUUAUUCGAUGAUAUAGUUCAAAUUGCACAUAACAAGAUUCUGAUUGCAGCUGGUGUUUCUGUGGCCAUUGGUCAGCUUUCUAAGCCAUUCACUUCUGUUAUUCUGUAUGGCAAAGAGUUUGAUAUCAGGGCAAUUGUUCAAGCUGGAGGGUUCCCAUCCUCACACUCUUCUGCAACAGUGGCUAGUGCAACAUUAUUUGGCCUUGAGAGAGGCUUCUCCGAUCCUAUUUUUGGUCUUGCAGUUGUGUAUGCUGGUCUCAUUAUGUAUGAUGCUCAGGGUGUAAGAAGAGAAGUAGGGAUUCAUGCUAGAACACUGAACAAACUACUGCUCCAGAUGCAAGCCAACUCUUUACAUUCCAAAGAUAAAGAUAAAGAUAAUUUAUUCAACUCUCAAUCAGGACUAUCAAAUCCACUAAAAGUAGAAGAAUUUGAGAAGUCGCUUCUGUCCCAAGAAGCCACUUUGGAACCACAACAAGCAAAUGGAGGUCUAUUGGUCAAAUCAGGAAGCAAAAUAAGGCAAACAGAAGCAGAAGAAACCUCAAAAUUGGCUGUUGAUGGUAUACCCCCAUUAAAAGAAUCCAUUGGCCAUACAGAGAUUGAAGUCAUAGUUGGUGCUUUAGUAGGCUUUUUGGUAGCUUUGGCUGUGUAUAAUAUCAUGUAA